AUGGCGACAUUAUUCGCUUCGAAUAUCAUCGUUGCAGUUUUUCUCAUGUCAUCUGCUUCCAUAAUAUUUUGUUUUUUUUACUUAUUUUACUUCUCAUUCGUAACACUUACAUCAAAGUCGAAUCGUUAUAAUUUCUAUCCUUCUUUUCUUCUUUUACAUUCUUUUGCUUUUCUGGACUUACUACUUCUUCUUCUCGACAUCUUCUUUGUAUUUUUUCAUUUAAAUUCAUUUAUUUCACGUCUUCAUAUUUCUUCUUCUUUUUCUUAUUCUUCCUCCUUUUCUUCUUCUUCUUCUUACUUUCUUUUCUUCUUUUGCUUCCUUUUCGAUUUCCUUUCCCUUUUCUUCCUUUUCUUCUGCUUUUUCUUCUUCUUCUUCUUCUUCCUUUUAUUAAUCAAAUUCUUCUUUUCUUUUUCCUUUUCUUCUUUUCUUUUUCCUUUUUUAUUAUGCUUCCUUUCUUUAUUCUGGUACCUUCUACUUUUUUUUUUUCUUCUUUUUCUUAUCCUUCUUCUUUCUGUUCUUCUUCCUUUUUUCUACUUCUUUUUUCUUCCUUUUCUUCUUCUUCCUUUUCUUCUUCUUUUAUGUUUUCUUAUUCUACUUCUUUUUUAUCCUUAUUCUUCUUCCUCUUCUUUCAUUUUCUUUCUUGUUUCUUGUUUCUUGUUUCUUGCUUUCUUUCUUCCAUUUAUUUUUCCUUUUGUCCUGUUUAUUUUUCAUCUUCCCACUUCAUUGUUUUCUUUCUUUUUUGCACUGUUUCACUUUCUUUUUCUUUUUUCUUUGUUUCUUUCACUUUAUUUUUCUUUCUUUCUUUUUCUUAUUUCAUAUUUCUUUCUUUUAUUUUUCUUUCUUUUUUCUUUCUUUCUUUCUUUCAUUUACUUUUUACUUUUUUUCUUUCUUUCUUUCUUUCUUUUUUCUUUCUUUCUUUCUAUUCGCACCCUUUCUUUCUUUCUUUUUGCCUAUUCUAUAUUUCUUGCAUUUGUUUUACUCCUCUCUCUCUUAUAUUAUUCUUUCUUUCUCGAUUUCUUACUUUCAUUUCUUUUUCUUUUUCCUUUCUUUCUUUCUUUCUUUCUUUCUUUUUUCUUUCUUUCAUUCAUUUCAUUUUCCUGGUUAUCUUUCAUCUUUUUCCUCUCUUCAUUUCUUAAUUUAAUUCUGUCUUUCUUUCACUCAUUCUUUCUUUUACUUCACUUUCUUUCUUUCUUUCUUUCUUUCUUUCUUUCUUUCUUUCUUUCUUUCUAUUCGCACCCUUUCUUUCUUCUUGUUGCCCAUUUCAUAUUUCUAUAUUUCGUUUUUUCUCCUUUUUUCUUUCUUUCUUUUUUUCUUUCCUCGUCUUCUCAUAUUUUAUUUUUCUUUUCUUUAUUUAUUUCAUACUUCUUUCUUUUGUUUUUCCUCGUUUAUUUAUUCUUUUUUUUUUCGUACGUCCUUUUUAUCUCGCCUCUUUUCUCUCUUCGUUUUCGCUUUCAUUUUUUACUCUUCCAUUCUUUUUCGACAUUCUUUGUUUGUUUGUUUGUUCCUUUCUUUCAUUCUUUCUUUCUUUCUUGUCGUUGCUUAUUUUCUUUUUUAUUCCUUUGGUUCUUCUUUUGUCCAUAUUUCUUUCCCUUUUUCGUUUACCUUUUUUUAUAA